AUGUGGGCCUUGUUGGUGCUCACUCUUGCCCUUGUUGUUAGUGCAUCAGAGAAAACCAAUGACACAGCGGUUGAAGAAAAGCUUGCUAUAGCCAGAGGUAAACUGAUGGCUCCUAGUGUGGUCGGAUGAGGCAUAAAGAAAAUGCCCGAGCUCCAUCAUUUUCUCAUGGAGCGAUUGGCUUUGUACCACAACUUGGAAUAUGAUUCAUCAGAGGAGAAGAAGCCCCGUCUGAUAUUCUAUAACGAAAAGGACGAGGUUGUAAAGACUGUUCCUGUGAAGAAAAUGAAGGCAGACGAGAUCAGCAGCCUGUUAGACUCGCUUGGUUUCUACAAGAGGUCCCAGAAAGGGGAAGAGGUGCCAGAGGAGUUUCAGCAUUUCCCCAUGAAUGCCCCCAGGGACGAGCUGUGAUGACACCUUGUGGCCAAACUCUGCCACUGCA